ACCUUACUUCCGGACUGUGCGUUCCACAUACAGGAAGUGAGUUUUCAUCGACUGUUGCAGCCUCCCAGUGUCCGUGGAGAUCAGGAACUCCAGCUGUGGGGAACGGAGUCUUUAUUACACAUCACACGUUCUGUAUUAUCUCUGAUUGACCGAGGAUGGACAAGAACAGGAGUCACAGGACUGAGAGUAUAAUAAAAAUCACCCUGGAGAUCAUCUACCUGCUUACUGGGGAGGAUUACACAGUAGUGAAGAAGACAUCCAGUGAGUGUGAGAUACUCAACAGCCAUCCCCGUCAGGAGGACUGAGUAGAACCCAGAGCCCAAUCACGGUGCCUCCACCUGACUCACUGACACAUGAGAGACACAAUGACCAAAAGAUCCUGGAACUCACCAACAAGAUCAUUCAGCUGCUGACUGGAGAGGAGGUGGAGUGUAUAGAGGAACACAGGGGUCUGUACAAGGACUUGAUGAUGGAGAAUCACCGGCCCCACACAUCACUGGAAGGACCCAGUAACAGAGAUACCCCAGAGAGAUGUCCCCGUCCUCUGUAUUCCCAGGACUGUACAGAGGAGAAUCACAGGAUCCCACAGGAGGAUCAGGGUGAAGCCCAAUUAAAUAAUAUUAAAAUCAAAGAUACAGAGGGAGAAGAAGAGACAUAUGUGACUGAUACAAAGGCAGAAGAUACAGAGGGAGAAGAAGAGACGUAUGUGACUGAUAUAAAGGCAGAAGAUAUAGAUGGAGAAGAAGAGACGUAUGUGACUGAUAUAAAGGCAGAAGAUAUAGAGGGAGAAGAAAAGACGUAUGUGACUGAUAUAACGGCAGAAGAUAUAGAUGGAGAAGAAGAGACGUAUGUGACUGAUAUAAAGGCAGAAGAUAUAGAGGGAGAAGAAGAGACGUAUGUGACUGAUAUAAAGGCAGAAGAUACAGAGGGAGAAGAAGAGACGUAUGUGACUGAUAUAAAGGCAGAAGAUAUAGGGGGAGAAGAAGAGACGUAUGUGACUGAUAUAAAGGCAGAAGAUAUAGGGGGAGAAGAAGAGACGUAUGUGACUGAUAUAAAGGCAGAAGAUACAGAAGGAGAAGAAGAGACGUAUGUGACUGAUAUAAAGGCAGAAGAUAUAGAGGGAGAAGAAGAGAUGUAUGUGACUGAUAUAAAGGCAGAAGAUAUAGAGGGAGAAGAAGAGACGUAUGUGACUGAUAUGAAGGCAGAAGAUACAGAGGGAGAAGAAGAGACGUAUGUGACUGAUAAAAAGGCAGAAGAUAUAGAUGGAGAAGAGGAGACGUAUGUGACUGAUAUAAAAGCAGAAGAUACAGAGGGAGAAGAAGAGACGUAUGUGACUGAUAUAAAGGCAGAAGAUAUAGAGGGAGAAGAAGAGACGUAUGUGACUGAUAUAAAGGCAGAAGAUAUAGAGGGAGAAGAAGAGACGUAUGUGACUGAUAUAAAGGCAGAAGAUAUAGAGGGAGAAGAAGAGACAUAUGUGACUGAUAUAAAGGCAGAAGCUAUAGAGGGAGAAGAAGAGACGUAUGUGACUGAUAUGAAGGCAGAAGAUAUUGCGGGAGAAGAAGAAACGUAUGUGACUGAUAUGAAGGCAGAAGAUACAGAGCGAGAAGAAGAGACGUAUGUGACCGAUAUAAAGACAGAAGAUAUAGAGGGAGAAGAAGAGACGUAUGUGACUGAUAUAAAGGCAGAAGAUACAGAGGGAGAAGAAGAGACGUAUGUGACUGAUAUAGAGACAGAAGAUACUAAGGAAGAAGAAGAGACGUAUCUGAAGGGUGAUCAGCAGUGUAAGGAGGAGGAGAUCCCUACAGAUAUCAGCACAG